AUGCAGCAGUGGCAAGCAACUAGGCCUCGAUGUUUAGGGGUUACUGAUACAACUGUGGAGCCCACUCUUCUGCUAAACUACGGCGAGUACGACUCUUUCGAAGACGCUCCACCGGUGACUGGUUCCUGCAUGUACACCACCAUCAGUCAUGGUGCCGUCGCACCGCCGUCUUGCCAACACCAGAAUUAUUACGACACCCUGGCCGCUCCCACGGCGUCUUAUGUGAGGUCUCCGUCUGCGAUCCACCUAAAAUAUCCAGCCCAAACCGCCACGGUGUCCAGCACCUUUACGGAUGCCCUCUUGGCCGACGACCAACGAGAAAGUGAAGUUCUGCAGUCUACAGAGGCAACAUCUUACCACACUUCUUCCCUGAUGGACGACAGUCGGCACGUUGAGCACUCAGUGUCCACGUCUCUGAAAUCCGGUGGUUCGCGGCCCAAACGUCGCCCCUACUCCAAGCUACAGUUGCUCCAUCUCGAGCAGGAGUUCCAACGGUGCAUGUACCCAAGCCGAGAGCGACGCUCCUGGCUGUCACAGGUCCUUAGCCUCACGGAACGUCAGGUGAAGAUCUGGUUCCAAAACCGCCGAACAAAGUUGAAGCGUACCACGGAGCGGGAGCAGCGCGAGAAUGCCCAGAUGCAGCGCGACAUGGCCAACCUGGCCAUGAGGUUCUACGACCCCGCCCAGUAA